AUGGCCGCCUCUCAGCUUCCCCUCGAUACUCUAUCCACUUGGGCCAUGUUCAACGAUGUAGACCUUGUCGACGUCGAGGCGCGCGAGAUCCCCGGCUGCGGUCUCGGAUUGGUCUCGAACAAGGACCUCAGCCGCGAGGAGGAGACGUUGGACAUACCGACUCUGCUGAGGAUUCCCCAUGAGCUGAUCCUAUCUGCAGAGGCUGUCGAAAACUACGCCAAGGUCGACAAGAACUUUCGUCAACUGCUAAAUGUCGCUGGACAUAAGUCGACCCGGCAUGACAUCUGCAUUUUUCUGCUUACACAGCAAAUCCUCGCUGACCAGCCGGAGACGUCCUUGCAUGGCGGUGUGCCGACGCCUUGGACCGAGUACAUCAAAUAUCUACCACCGCAGGUGCCUGUCACGACACUUUGGACCGUGCGAGAGCGGCAAAUGCUGAACGGAACAUCGCUUGAAUCGGCCACGGCUGCUAAGAUCGUUGCACUUUCCGACGAGUUCGACGAGCUCCGCGAGGUGUCUUCCUCGCUGCCCUUAUGGAACGAACUGUUUUGGGAAAGCGGCAAGGUCUCACUCAUCGACUGGGUUCGGGUCGAUGCAUGGUUCCGCUCCCGAUGUCUGGAGCUUCCCAAAUCGGGCGAGGCCAUGGUUCCGGUACUGGACUUGGCAAACCACUCAUCCAAGGCCAAUGCAUAUUAUGAACAAAACAGCAAGGACGAGGUGGUUCUGCUCCUGCGGCCUGGCUGCAGGGUCUCAUCCGGGGAAGAGAUGACAAUCUCGUAUGGGGAUGCAAAAUCCGGAGCCGAGAUGCUAUUCAGCUACGGGUUCAUCGACCCCGCGUCAGCUGCGGACCGUAUCACGCUACCAUUAACACCUCUCGAAGACGACCCGCUGGGUAAGGCGAAACUGCACAUCUUCGAGGGCCCCCCGACUGUGGAGUUUGUCCGGACGAAUCACUCCGUUAGUUGGGAAAGUCCCUUUGCCUAUUUAAUGUGCCUCAACGAAGAAGACGGCCUGUCGUUUCGUAUUCUGCAGGAUACCGGAGGAUCACGGGAGCUGAAGCUGUUCUGGCAAGAAGAGGAUGUAACAACGACGACAGCGGGUUUCGGUCAACACAUUGGCGAUCAUCCUCUUGCUCAAAUCUUUCGUCUUCGGGUAGUAACCGUCUUGCAGGAUCUAGUGACCAACCAGUUGGAACGGUUGGCUACGGGCAUGCCACUGGAGGACUUGGACGAGUCACUGAACGAAGGGGGUCUCGUUUGCGGGGCGUGCAUCAACGCAGCUGCCAUGCUGAGGGAGCAAGAGACUAGGUUGCUGGAAGCUGCAGUGAAGGCUCUCGAAGACCAAAAAACACAACUUCUUGCAGACGAAAGCGUGGUGGCUUAUCUCGGAUCGAUGGAAGAUACCCAAAACGAUUUAGCCGAAGGCGAGGUAUCCAAUGACGAGGAAGACUUCAGUUAG